UGUACAUGAUAUGUGAAUAUAUACAACAUGUCGAGUUCGGAGAAGCCAGCAUCGAGAGAUGAGAAAUCCCCUGUAGCAUUCUCAUUAUCUUGCUUGUGUUCACAACGAUGGUUGCUGGCCUACGUUGGCUGGUUCGGAUGUAUCAUGCUGUACGCCGCCCGUGCCAACCUCAGCGUCGCCAUCGUGUGCAUGGUCAACGACACCGACAUCAAUUCCACGUCGUCGAUAUCAGAGCAUGCCGAGUUCUACUGGUCCAAGGGAGAGCAAUCUGGAAUCCUCAGCUCGUAUUUCUACGGCUACAUACUGACACAGAUUCCCGCGGGAAUACUGGCGACUAGAUAUGGCGGGAAGCACGUCAUGUUUAUCGGGAUGCUGAUUGGCUCGAUCGUUUCACUGCUUCUACCAAUCGGCGCCCGGACUUCCAUCUACCUGGUGUAUGUGCUGCGCGUGAUUCUUGGAGUGUGCCAGGGAGUCUUGUUUCCAUCUCUACAAUCCCUUUGGGGACGAUGGGCGCCGCCAUUAGAGAGGACAAAACUCACUGCUGUCUGUUAUUCAGGAACUCAGUUUGGUAGCAUAGCAACGUUCGCUAUAUCGGGGUUCAUGUGCAUAUAUGGCUUUGAUAAUGGAUGGGGAUCCAUCUUCUAUGUUACAGGUGGUAUAUCGUUGUUAUGGUGCGGGCUGUGGUAUUUUACGGUCGUCAGCACACCGGCUCAGCACCCUCGUAUCACCAAGAGAGAGAGGAACUAUAUCAUCACCAGUAUAGGGGAAAAACAACAGACGUUCUCGACCCCAUGGGCCGCCCUGCUGAAGUCACCGGCGCUGUGGGCGUGUCUAACUGCACAAGUGUGUUCUAACUGGAUAACAUACACACUACUGACCAACAUACCAACAUUCCUUAAAGAAGUGCUGGAUUUCGACAUAGCAGAGAACGGCUUGCUGUCGUCCAUUCCCUACGUGAGCCAGGCCGUGUCCGGAAUGUUGUCUGGUCAAGUGGCCGACUACAUCCGGUCAAGGAAAUACCUCAGCACAACGGCCACACGGAGGAUCUUCCAGAUCAUCGCCUUCGUGGGGGCAGGUGCGUGUCUGAUCGGGACAGGGUUUGUGAGCGUGGAGAACCGCUAUGUCGCUGUAGUUUUGUUAACGAUAGCUAUGUGGUUUGUUGGGAUGGGAUCUGCUGGCUACACUGUCAACACUGUCGACUUCGCUCCAAGAUACGCUGGUAUACUGUUCGGUAUUUGUAACGCUGCUGCGACGGUCCCGGGGAUGGUGUCACCACUCCUAGCCGGUGCCCUCACCCCAAACAAAACCCAGGAAGAAUGGCGGAACGUGUUCUACGUGUGUGCGGGAUUCUGUGUCCUGGGAAGUUUGGUGUUCGGCACCCAGGCCCGGGGGGAGCUGCAGCCCUGGGCCAUGGACAAGGUGGAGGUAGACGUGGGGGAGGGGCAGGAGAUCCCCGACGUGUCAGACAGGGCUCUGGAUACCAAGGAAACUUUUGACAAGAAGGCAAUUACAGAUACGUCAAAUCAACUGUAACAGUUUUCAGCCUAACAGAAUACCACAUACAUCGGAUACAGUGAACCUCCUUUAGCCGUAUCAUUGAUACAGAUCAUAUGUUAACCAGACAAUUUUACAGGGAAUGAAUUCCGAAAGACGUUCUGUGCAAGUGGAACCUGGAAUGGAAACCACCACAUAAAACACCAUGACAUUCAUUGAUAGGUGUUAUAUUGUUAAGCAGAAAAGUAUCUCUAAUGAACAUGUAAAGUUAACAUGUUGAAAAUAUUGGGCCCAAAUAGGAAGAACGUUAAUCCAAAUGAAAGUAAUAUCUUUCAAUGUACCAAAUCACGACUUGGACAUUAAUAAACACGAAGUAUUAUCUUCACCAAAACAAUUUUUUUCCACAUUUCUUACACAAUUCUUUUCUUAUGCAUACACAUACGCCCCCACAUCGACGUCCAAACGUAGAUAACUUUACGGCAGCUAAAGAAAACAAAUUAUGAACAGCCAUAUGUUGAUGUAUUAGUACAUGGAUGAACAGAGUGAUUAGACACAUAAUACGAUAUUAGUACAUGGAUGGACAGAGUGAUUGGACAUAUAAUAUUAUAAUAGUACAUGUGCAUUCGGUUUGAUUAGACAUAUAUUUAUGUAUUUUAGAUGUAGGUACAGAGUGAUCAGACAUAUAUUUGGCUUUGCUGGGAUGUUAGCGAAAAACAUAAAUUGCUCAGAUAAUUCUUGACAAAAGCAAUUAUGCAGAUUGUUGAAAAAACAUUUGUCUGCGACAAACAUUACAUUGUUGCAAUGUAUUUUUCUUGAAAACAUAUUCAGGCUGGAGGUAGUCAGUCAUAAUACGUGCUUGACGUUCAUUAGUACACCACCAAACACGUCCACGCUUAUACAGAGAGUCCAGAAGUAUUUUUGAACUUCUCCGAAAACAUUAAACGAGACCUUCGGCAUUGUCUUACGUUCUAAACACUAUUGGCGUAUGGCUAGAAUGUGUUCACUUGUUAACGGUGGAACAACACAUGGUAGCCGAGCAUGAAGAUUAACUACAUGCAGACGAGUAAACACAGAUUUGAUGGGCUGAUUUCUUGAAGCCUGGAUUCUGGUUAAUCGAUCCUGAAAGUUUGCUGUCUGACCUUGGGCAACGUGUGCGGGGCCAAUCA